AUGUUAGACAUCGUGAUAAUGGUUUGGCCAGGUGUAAUCGCCGGUGUAUUUGCUCUAGGUCUAUUGGGGGCGGGGCUCAACUCAAUCGGCGCCUUUGGAGCCUAUAAGGAGCACUACGGGCUAACCCUGACCUUUGCUAUUCUGGCUCUAUUGGGAACAGUAGGCAGUUUGGGUGCGGCUCUUAAGGGACCGGCCAGUUAUCCAACAUUUCUGAUUAACCUGGCCAUCACUAUUUUGGCAUUCUCGUUUGCGCAUGAUUGUAACAAGCUCAAGUUGCAACAGUUGCCCACUACGGUGUUGCCCGGCCAAUACCCGGCCAUUGUGACAAUUGUUGGUCCACCCGGUAGUGGUGGUCCAUCGCCACCACCGCUAUAUACCGAGAAGGAUAAGAAAUUAAGCCUGUAAACUUUUAUCUAGUAUAAUACAUUUUAAUCAACA